AUUCCGUCCGACAUAAUACAAAGAUGCGGAGCAGCAACCGCAACAACAACCAUCUAAAGAGUGAUGCAGAUAAGACCAAGAAGAAAUACUUUUGUUUGUUGUUUGUUUGUAUUUUUGGAGUAAUUGCCGUUAUAUUUGUUCUGGUACAUUCCACAAAUCGCACACCCGCAACCCUAACACCGACUGAAUUGUACCCAUUAAAGUGUACUUACAACGGAAGUUUUACUGAAACACAAAGUAUUAAAGCUCUAACUAACUGUACAAAUAAAUAUGCCGAGUAUAGCGUUGGCAAACGCAACUCUUAUGUUGUUUUGUAUAAUUAUGUGACUUCAUCAAAAAGAUUCAACUGCGAAGAAAGUGUAACGUAUGUCACCCAUGCUGAUUUUACCUUUCUAGAUAAUUUAGGGCCUCUGUUGGAAAAAUGGAAUGGCCCUAUAAGUCUGGCAAUGCAUGCACCUGGUACGGACUUCUACAAGACAGUCGAAUCCAUCGCGUAUUUACGAAGAUGCACUUCUCAAGUUGCUGAAUUGGUUACUUUCCAUUUGUUCUUCUUAGAGGAUCAUGCUCCUAAUGAGAUUCCACAUCCAAGUUUCAUCGCAAACAUGACAUACAACUGCUCCACUAACCCUCCAUUUGAAAACGUAGACAGAAAAGACAUGUAUGUGAGCAAGCAUAGCUUGAUCUACCCGAUUAAUGUGGGAAGAAAUGUGGCGCGAGUUUCAGCCGAGACGUAUUACGUUUUCACCUCCGAUAUUGAACUGUACCCUAGUCCAAACGUUAUACCACAGUUUUUAAAUUUAAUAGCAGCCUGUGAUUACAAAAUGUUGCCUUAUAAGCCUGUUGUAUUUGUGUUGCACAUUUUCGAGAUUGAAAAGGGUUACGACGUUCCCACGAAUAAAACCGACCUGAUUCGUCUAUUGAAGCGUGGAACUGUGAUUCGCUUCCAUCAAAAUAUUUGUUCCGUCUGCCAUACGAUUCCCGAAUUUGAUGAGUGGGCACAAGCGAAUGAGACCAGCGAGUUGCAAAUUUUUACCUUAGGAAAAAGGACGGGGAAGUAUUACCAUUGGGAACCUAUAUAUAUUGGAACGAAUGCGGAACCUUUGUAUGACGAGAGGUUGUCCUGGGAGGGGAUGAAAGAUAAAGUUGUACAAGGAUACGAAUUGUGCCUUAGGAACUAUACCUUCUUCGUUUUGGAUAAUGCCUUUCUAGUUCAUAAGCCAGGGAUCAAAAAGUCGGAUCCUGAGAAAAACAAAUGGAGGAAAAGCGCUAUCCUUGUUCCUCGCUGCAAUGGUGUCAAACUGACAUAUGUGAUUGAAUUGAAGUAGGUAUUAUGCACCCACUUCAUCUUUCGAGUUCGAGUCGACUCUUCCUCACAUUAUCAAGAGCUACAGCAACCAUAGCUAAUUAGUUGUCUAUAAAAUUAGCCAUUCGGUAAAUUUUCAGGGAAAACCACUACAACUUUACAAUCACAGCACAACCAUGUUUGAUAUCAAAGAUAAUACUAUUUGAUGUGUAUGACUAGACCUUAAUAUGGAAAGUGAAAAUGUCAACUAUGCCACUGUGUGUAUUG